AAUGCAAUCAACCAACACUUCAAGUCCCUAAAAACCAUCAACUGCUUCUGCAAGUAUUACUUAUUUUACAUAAAAUCAGGUAAAUCUAUUGGACCCUAUCGUACUGUAAUUUUAAAUAGAAAUAUCUCUUUUAGAUUAUUACAACUUAUGCUCCAUUUGCUACUACUCAUCUAAAGAAUUCCAAAAUACAAGAUUCACCAAUUAAAAAAGUUUAAAAAUUAGAUGAUGAUAUAUUGAUUAAAUUGAUUAAAACUAAUAGAGAGAUGUCUAAAAAGUACUCUAAAAGUUCAGAUAAAAUUAUUAUUAAGGAUAUCAAAGAUGAAUAAUAAUAAGAAUAUAUAGGUUCUUAUAAUGGAAAAGUUAGAGAAGGGUUUGGUAAAUUGUUUAAUGCAUAAGGCAUUUUGAUUUAUGAAGGAUAAUGGUUUAAUAAUCAAUAAAAUGGUAAUGGUAUAAUGUAUAAUCAUGAUGUAAAUUCAUAAUCCAUGAAAUAUAUUGGAGAAUUCUAGUUUGGAUAAAGAUAUGGAGCUGGUAUUGAGUAUUAUAGAGAUGGUUCUAUGUAUGUUGGAAAUUUUGAAUAUGAUUGUAGAAACGGAAUGGGAUAAUUAACUAAAAGAAAUGGAGAAAAACUUAAUGGUAUAUGGUUAUAAGGUAAAUUGAUUUCUAAAAUAUGA